GAACGGCACACAUCAGUCGUCGGUGGGAGUUCGAAUACAUACGUCAGCAGAUAAGACGUGCUCAGUCGCAGGAGUGGGACUGAAAAAUGUAUACCCAAGUGGAAAAACUGGAGAAGAAGUAGCGGAAAAAUGUAAUCCAUUGCAAGCUUUGCAAGAACUCUGAGAAACCCCAAAAAAGAGGAAGGUGCCAGUGCUAGUGCCAGUGGCAGUGGCAGCCGGACGCCCCGAAACAAAAGGCAGACCCACUUACAACACAAGUGAGUGGAACCCAGUGGAAGCAGCGGCAGCAACCCCAGAAAAAAAACGGACAGCAGGAACAACCCCACCAACCCCAACACCCAACCACACAACCCCUAUAUGAUUAUCGUGCUGUUGUUGCUGUUCCAAUCGCUCUGCCUCUACUGCCAACGCCUGGUGCUGCACAUCCACGACCGAUGCUUCCCCCGCAACGUACGCCUCUUGCAGGAGGUGGCCGAAACGGUCGGCGAUCGUAAAGCCCAACAGCAUCUGGAGCAGCAGCAGCUGGAGCAGACGAAGCGCAGCCAGAAGCGCCGCAUACUCGAGCCCAUCCUUCCCCUCGGAGCCGGCGUCAACUCGGAAGCCUGUCGCUUCUGUGCCCACAGCCCGCAGGGCUACUGCCGUCAUCACUUCCACCUGCAGGAGCUGCAGCUCCAACAGCAGCGGCACUCGUCCCGCAUCGGUGGCGACCAGGACUACAAGCAGCUGCGUCGCAUCAAGCGCGAGCUGAAGCGGAGUCUGGGCCAGCGCCAGCCACAUCUGAGGAGCUAUCGACCACUGCUGUCCGGCAGUCCCAGCUGCAGCUCUCUGAGCAGUGGCUACGGGUCGCUAAGCACCUGCAGCACCUACGCCGACGAGGAGGAGGUGGAGGUGGAGGAGGAGGAAGAGCAGGAGGAACACGACGAGUCCGUGCAGGUCGAGGAGCCAGUUAACCUGGUAACUACUCACUUGUAGCACUCUCCAGCAGAUCUCGGGCAAAAGUGAGAGCCACUCUACCCCCGCCCAUCUCAGUGGG